AUGGAUCCCCAGAUUCGUCUCACCCGCCGGAACUCGAGCGCCACUCCGCUGCCAUACACCGCGUCCCCGCUUUGUCUGCUGUGGAGCGAUAUCUGCCUGGUCGUUCAAUAUGCCUGGGCUCUUCCGGGAAUCUUUCUUCCUCUUCAGUUGGGUCAAACGACUCCACUCGAUGAACUAAAUCUAUCCUUUCAGGGCUGUUUGUCCUUGAUAACACAGGCCUUGCUCACAGUCUAUCAACUAUUGUUCCUCCUAUCUCUACCUUUAAUGGUUAUAUGCUUGGUGCCCGCUCUCUGGAUCCUAUUGUAUAUCGUUACAGCACUCGCCUUGAACUAUGUCACAUGCAUGUUCGUUCUCAACGGCUUUCAGCGAGUAUUGGUCUCCAGCGUCCCGAUAGCCGAACAACCUGACCAUGCAAAAGAGCGCUGGUUCUUUAUCAAUGGCAUAGCCAAUGGUCAUUACUGGGUGCAAGACAACAUCGACCAACUAUCUUACACAUUUGGCCGAAAGAUCACCGGUAUACAUAAUCGCACUUCCGGCGUCCUUUUCGAUCUGGUCGAAUGUUUAAUCCAACGUGGUUUUGCCUACGCCACUGGUGACGUACGAAGAGCCCAUGUCCUCCUCAAUGAAGCACUUCUCGAUCCAUCCGUGGAAAAGGUGGUCCUCGUGCUCCAUAGUCAAGGCGGUAUUGAAGGUGGCCUUGUCAUCGACUGGUUAUUAGAUGAGCUCCCCCAACAUCUUCUUCACCAACUGGAGGUUUAUACUUUUGGAAAUGCUGCCAACCAUUUCAAUAACCCUAUUUGCAACUGUCGACCGUCGGGCGAAGUCGACAAUUCCGACAGCCAUCCACCAACGAGGCGGUCUAUUGGCUAUAUUGAACAUUAUGCCAACACCGAAGAUGUGGUAUCCUGGCUAGGCGUGCUACAAUUUGCCAACAUUCCGAACCGAUACCUUGGUCGUCUGUUCGUUCGGCCUGGGUCAGGCCAUAUGAUGAACCAACAUUACUUGGACAACAUGUUUACUCUGGGUUCCGACAAAAGGGUGCUCGACUCUAAUACCUUCAUGGAUAUGAAAGUUGAGACAAAAUCAAAUAUAUCAAUCGAGAGUAGACCGGGCCCAGGAACUCUUGACAAUUCUGACGAACAAACAGAGGAGACACUGUUUCCGAUUACAAAAACCGGGAGACCCUUGCGAAAUGGCGUGGCCAUUGACGAUCUUGAUCAUAAUACUCUACGUGUCAAAGACUUCAGCCGAUUAUGGAAAUACAGAAAUGGUGGAUCCCCGGAGAGACACAAGGUGGUGUGA